AUAUACAGAGCCCAAUCGGUCUUCCCCUUGUUGAAAGGUUGCGACUGUCGACAGAGCGGGACCGAGCCAACUGGGGAAAAAUACAUAUAACCAUAUCGUGCAAAGUCACUGAUAUUUCAGCACAAUGGCCAUAACCACAACCACGACAACCGUCAAGGCGAUAUCCUCCAAGCCCCGGACAAAACCCCGUCCGCCGCCAUCAUCAUCAUCAUCACCACCAGCAACCACCACCAGCAAGAUCAAGAGCAGCAACUACCAGCCACACAACACCGACAUGGCCGCCCAGCUCCAGCGCAUCGCCUCCUCCACGCGCACCCCCUACGAGAAGAAGGUGUGGUCCCUGCUCUGCCAGAUCCCCGCGGGCCAGGUGUCCACCUACGCCAUCCUGUCCGCGCACCUGUCGUCCUCGCCGCGCGCCGUGGGCAACGCGCUCCGCCGCAACCCCUUUGCGCCAGAGGUCCCCUGCCACCGCGUCGUCGCGACGGGAGGGCUGCUGGGCGGGUUCAAGGGCAAGUGGCCCAAGGACGGGGAGGGGAUCACGAUUGACGAGAAGAAGAUGCUGCUGAGGAGGGAGGGGGUCAAGAUUGAUGAUAGGGGACGGGUGCUGGGGACGCCGUGGUCAGCGUUUGUGUGAGGGUUGGGGGGUUCGGGGCUUUGUUGUUUUUUGUUUCAUCGCCAAAUAUCAAGAUGUCAUGAGAAACGCAGAUAAAGACACCAUGUUCAUGAAAGGAGGUUGACGCUGCUUGUAUUGUUUCUCGUCAUGCGCAGCACACUCGGGG